GUCAGUGUCAGAGACGGUCCCCCUCGCCAGCAUGGCGCGCUCUCAGUGGAUGCUGCUGGCUUCCCUCUGCGUGGCCGGCGCCGCCGUCGGCAGUCUGCUGCCCGGGGGCAGCGGCGCGCACGACGCGUCUCACCAUGGCAGCGGGGUGCACCACGCCGGGAACUCACACCCGAGCGGAGGCGGCGGAGACACGCCGCCGCCGUCGCCGCUGCCGCAGCCACCCGGCGGCGACCCGCAGCUGUACUUCCCACCGCAGCCGACAGAUGGCGCGGCGACCGGUGGGGACGGCCUGUCGGCGCUGUUUCCGGCACCGACGGGAGGCGGCUGGACGCCGCUGACGACAGGCACCAGUGGUCAGCAGAGCGGAGGGGACGCCUGGCAGGCGACAGCGACGUCCUCGGAGGGAGGAGCCGGAGCCGGGACCGCAUCUCAGUCAGCGGGAGACGCUGGCUCGCUGCCCUCGUCCUAUAUCCCUCCCACUGCCGGAGGAGAGGGCUCGCCUUCGCAGGAAUCGUUCUCCACGGGAGGCUCCUCGCAGUUUACGUCCCAGCCCAGUGGUGGCGGUGCAACAUCCCCGUCCUCUUCUUACGUCCCGCCGUCCUCCGGAGGAAGCGGUGCCUCGCAGCCAACAUUUACGACGGGAGGGUCUCCUUCCCAGUUCGCACCUCUGCUAGGCGUUGAGAACAAUGCAGGCUCCUCAUUCCCCACUCAGACAACUGGCAACCAAUUUACUCCCACCAGCCUCAAACCACUGGGACUGCCAGCAGUCAACACCGAUUUUCAAGAAAAUACCCAACAAGGCCAACUUACACACCAGCCUAGCGGAGAAGAAGCCAAUUCUCUGUCAUCUUCCUACGUUCCACCCAACACAAAUGGUGGCGAUGCGCUUUCCCAGGGAUCCUUCUCGACGGGAGGAUCAUCCCAGCCAGAUACCGGAUCCAUCAGCUCUCCGUCGUCUCUGUACGUUCCACCUAGCGCGGCUGGAAGUAACUCCCCUUUUGAGGGUGCGUUUUCACCUGGAGGAUCUCCGGCCCCUCCGACUGGUGCAGGGGACAUAAGUUCCCUUUCCCCUUCACAUGUCUCGUCCCAAGCGGAAGGUGGCGAUGCAUUUACGCAGGGCAUCGGCUCAGCGGGCGAUUCGUCAUCGGACUUCACAUUCCAGUCAGGUGGUGAGGACGCAAACUCCCCCUCCUCUCUCCACAUUCCAGGUGGUGAGGACGCAAACUCCCCCUCCUCUCUCUAUACUCCAGGUGGUGAGGACGCAAACUCCCCCUCCUCUCUCUAUACUCCACCCAAUGCAGGGAAUGGAGGCUCUGCGCCUGCGCCCCAGGGUACGUUUUCAUCUGGAGGGCUAUUGCCGCAGUCUCAAUCGCAUUUCAGUGGCGAAGACGCUGGGGUAUCGUUCUUCCCCACACAGCAAAAUGUUCAGCCAGGCCAGCUUGCAUUGCAGCCCACUGGUGGUGGCAUCGCGGUUUCGCCCUCUUCAUACGUUCCACCCUCGGCGGGAAGUGUUGAUGUGUCUUCACAGGGAUCAUCUUCAACGGGAGGGUCUUCAUCCGAGUUCACUUCCGAAUCUAGCGGUGGAGACAUAAGCUCUCCUUCCCCUUCUUAUGUCCCUCCGUCCUCUGAGAGUGCUGGACACUCCCUUCACAGGGAUCAUCUUCAACGGGCGAGUCUUCAGCCCAGCUCACUUCCCAAUCUGGCGGUGGAGACAUAAGCUCUCCCUCCCCUUCCUAUGUUCCUCCGUCCUCUGAGAGUAUUGGCAGUCAACAGGAAGGGACCUCAACGGGAGGGCCGUCAUCCGGGUUUACAUCUCAGUCGGGAGAUGGAAGCAUUGUGGGUUCCGCAAACCCCACCCAGUUUAUCGACAACCAGAGCGUGCAAACCCAACUGAAACCACUUGACCUUCCCUCCACCGAUCUUGGUCAGCAGAACUUCCCGCAGAUUCAGCCCCCGUCUCAGACGAACGGCGAAGACGUCAGUUCUCCCUCGACUUCUUACGUGCCUCCGGGCGAGGACGGAGACGCUUCAUCACAGGGCGCGUUCUCGACAGCCGGCUCGGGGAUCCCACGGCUCCUCUCCGUCGGUCGGAGGCGGCGUGGAGCCCCCGGCGUGGAGCUACAAACCGCCGGCCAACGCUGGAGGUGGCUCAGCCUCCCCGGCGACAGAAGGAGGCAGCUUCGCCACUCAGCCGCAGCCUCCGGCUCCCCCUCCCACAUUCGGCUCCGCGUCGUCGUCACUCCCCGGCCAGAACGUGGCCACGUUCCUGAAGCCGCUGGACCUGCCGCCGACCGACAUCGGCCAGCAGAACUUGCCACUGUCGGGCGCCCAGUCCCCGGACACGGGGAACAGUGGGGGCAUUCUCGCCGCGGCUCCACAGCUUGUGAGCACCAAACCACUGCCCGUCUCUGGAGAACCCCAGGAGACAUCUCCGGAGGUCAAUGGCGGAUCUCUCUUCGGCUCAUAUGCGCCACUGGAAUCCUCUUCUGGUGCCGUGGAUUUUUCGGACCGACCUUCAUUUGCACCAGCUUUGGUGGACCAGCCUCCCGUUGCUCUUGAGGGAGCUGUCGGACUGUCUUCAAAUGUCGCCAAUUCUCAAAGCCAAGUUUCAUUCGCACCAGUGACUGUCGAAAACAAGCCUCUCGGCCUUCCCACGCCACUGGGAACCGUCGGCGUUCCUUCGCCCAGCGAAGCGUAUGGAAGCGGCGGCAGCGGCGGCCUUGGCAGUGGCGAAUUCGGCGGCACAGGAGCCGGCGCUGGCUUUGGUGGUAGUGGAGGCAAUGGAGGUGCCAGCGGCGGCCUGAGCGGCAGUAGUCGACUUCGGUGGCUCUGGAGGCCACGCCGGCUUCGGCGGUAGCGGCAGCAUUGGAGGCAGUUUCGGCGGCAGCAGCUGGAAGUGGACGACGGUGGCGGUAGCAGCAGCAGUAGCGGUGGAUUCGGCGGUGUCGGAGGCGGCGCCAGUUCAGGCGGUGGCGGAAACGGAGGUGGGGGCAGUGGCGGCGGGUUCGGCAGUGGCGAGUAUGGUGGCUCCGGAGGCGACGCUGGCUUCAGCGGAAGCGGCAGCAGCAGUGGAAGCGGCGAUGGUAGCAGCACAAGCAGCAGCAGCAGCAGCGGUGGAUUCGGCGGCAUCGGAGUCGGCGCCAGUUCCGGCAAUGUCGGCAGCAGUAGCGGUGGCAGCAGCGGCGGGUUCGCCAGUGGUGGAUUCGGCGGCACGGUAGGCGGCGCCAGUUCCGGCGGUGGUGGCAAUGGAGGUGGUGGCAGCGGCGGCGGAUUUGGCAGUGGCGAGUAUGGUGGCUCCGGAGGCGACGCUGGCUUCGGCGGUAGCGGCAGUCAGUGGAGGCAAUGGCGGCAGCAGCAAUGGAGGUGGCGGCGGCGGCGGCGGCGGCAGCAGCAGCAGCAGCAGCAGCAGUGGUGGAUUCGGCAGUACUGGAGGCGGCUCCACUUUCGGCGGUGUCGGCAGCAGUAGCGGUGGCAGCGGCGGCGGGUUCGCCAGUGGUGGAUUCGGUGGCACUGGAGUCGGCGCCAGUUCCGGCAGUGUCGGCAGCAGUAGCGGUGGCAGCAGCGGCGGGUUCGCCAGUGGUGGAUUCGGUGGCAUCGGAGGCGGCGCCAGUUCCGGCGGUGGUGGCAAUGGAGGUGGUGGCAGCGGCGGCGGGUUUGGCAGUGGCGAGUAUGGUGGCUCCGGAGGCGACGCCGGCUUCAGCGGUAGCGGCAGGCAGCGGAGGCGGCGAUGGCAGCGGCACCAGCAGCAGCAGCAGUAGCGGUGGAUUCGGCGGCACCGGAGUCGGCGCCGGUUCCGGCGGUAGCGGUAGGCAGUAGCGGUGGCAGCAGCGGCGGGUUCGCCAGUGGUGGAUUCGGCGGCACCGGAGGCGGCGCCAGUUCCGGCGGUAACGCCGGCGGUAGCGGUGGCAGCAGUGGCGGGUUCGGCAGUAGCGAGUACGGUGACUCCGGAGGCGGCGCCGGCUUUGGUGGUAGCAGCGGCAGUGGAGGCGGCGGCGCAGGUGGCAGUACUGGCGGCACGGCGGCCGGCGACGGAACCAAGAUCGUCUCCCAGACGUUUUCUAUGGACGCCGACGGCAACUACGAGUACAGCUACGAGCUGUCUGAUGGCCAGGCGGCGCAGGAGACGGGCCAGGUGACACCGGGCAGCGAGCCGGAGACCGGAACCCUGGUCAGCACGGGCGGGUACCGGUACCGCGGCGACGACGGCCGCCAGUACUCGGUAGAAUACACGGCCGACGAGGGCGGCUUCCAGCCCGUGGCUGAGCACCUGCCGCAGCCGCCAGCGCAGAUCCCCGAGUACCAGCAGCUGCGGGAGAAGCACCCGGCGCUGUUCUGGGCCGAACGGCUGCGCGUGCAGAGUCCGCAAGAGUAAGGCCGCCGGGGCGACGGUUAUGAUGGAGCUCCUCACGCAGGGAAGGCCGCUGUUAGCCAAUGCUGGUCUGUGAUAGGGAGGCGGUGGAUAAAGCUAUGUGUGCGGCGUGAGGGAGGCGGUGAGAAAUACUCGAUGUCCGUUGUGUGAGGAGCUCGAGGACUGUUGUUACUGAGCAUUCGUCUGCAUUGUUAGCACAAACAGCAUGUCCUUGUGGUUGGUUCCUGAACAGGCUUCUCUGUUUGUAGUGUUUGUAGUGUUUCUUCUAGGAAAAAUCAUGCCCGAUGUGAUAUUAUUUGUGCCAUAGACUGUUGGUCGUGCAAAUGUUAACGCACGUUCUGAAAUAAAGCGCAACACGCAGGUCGCCUUUUGAAGCAUUUUAUCACCGUGCUAUCAGCAUCUUGAGCAUUUUAUCACAAUACUUACAAGAUCUCACACCGCAACCGACAAUUAAAGCGUGGGAUCUCACACCGCAACCGACAAUUAAAGCGUGGGAACAUCGAAUCGUUGUCGAUGUUCAAUAGCGAUGUUGGUGACAACCACCUAUGACGAUAAUGGUCUUGAGUGCGCAAUACCAAACUUAAGUCAAAACUUGAUACACAAAUGGUGAAGUGAAAUCAUGACAUGUGUGUUCCACCCAUUUUGCAAAGUACAAAUACCACCCCAGACUUAAGAGUAACGUUUAGUUGGAAAAUAGUAAUCCAGCACGAGGCUUAUAUUGGACGCAAGAGUUAGUUGUACGUUAGGGCAAAAGGCAGCAAAAUUUGGCGAUCGUGCAUGAAAAUGGGUCCUUUAUAAAAUUAAAAAUGUUAUUUGCGCAUUAAUUUGCAAUAGCUUACCAUUUUUCAUCUCACGCUGAGGUACCGACACCAUCUAACCAUCUAACCGUUGCCAACUGAUCGCGGUAGAAAUAUGAACCAUCAGCUCUAAAAAAAAUUACUAUAUGCCGUGAUCUUCGCCAUGAAA